UCAGCACUGCUAGCCAUUUGGAAAUGGGAUUGGAUCCAAAAAUGGGGAUUACUCUGUUUCAGUUACCUAUGCGAGUUUACUAUCAUUAAGAUCUUUAUCCCUUGAAUUGCAACUGUAGAAAGUUAUUUGGAAAUGGGAAGGGCCGAAUAGAGUCUGUAUUUUUCUUUGGCUAGUGGCUCAUGAAAGAUUGUUGACGAACCAAGAAAGCAAUGGUUGGCAUUAAUCAAUCCACCAUAUUUGCAUUGACCACCCCUUUUUGCGACUGGUUGUUGGCUCUUGUGGUCCUGGAGAAACAAAGCUAUUUUCGACCCAACUUUCUGUAGGGCAGUGGACUCAGUCAUAAUAAUUCGAAGAACUGUGGAUAGCUUUAUCAAGUCUUGGAAGUUGGUAGCACCUCUCUCAAGCAAAGCAAAUCGAUGCUGGGCCGAUAUUAGUUGGAAGCCACUACAAAUUAAUUUAUGGAAGCUUAACAUAGAUGGGUCAGCGCAUGGCAACCUGGGAAGGGUAGGAGUUAGAGGCUUAAUUAGGAAUUCUGAUGGAAAUUGGAUAAAGGCCUUUCAGCAAAACCUGGGCUACACGACGUCAAUUGUAGCAGAAUUAUGGGUUAUCCUACCUGGUCUAAAAUUGGCUUGGAGCCUGAGUGCAGAAUGCUUGUUAUUGAAUCUGAAUCAGAAGUCGCCUGUAAUUUAGUAAGGAAUAGUACACAGUCCACUCUACUCAGGCCGUUGUUGUAAAAAAAUCGCACAGUUGAUGGAAAGGGAUUGGACGGUGUCAAUUCAACAUAUCUAUAGAGAAGCAAAUCACAGUGCGGAUUGGUUCCAUCUGUGUGAACAGCCCCCUAAAGGCAUUCUUCACCUGGGCAGACAUCGUAGCGGUCUCCAUGCCUCGUCUUAUUUCUUUCUAGUUUGUUUAUUUUUUUGGGCUAUUAAGUCCAUGUCGUUCCGGAAAAAAAAAAAAAAAUUUCAAUGAUUUAGAAUGAAUUAAUCGAAUUCGAAAUAAUUUCCAUCGUUUAAAAUCCGUAAAUUUGAAAUCAUUUCCCAUCUACGAGAGAGAGAGAGAGAAAAAAAUAAUAAUAAAACCUCCAAACACGCCGUUUUGUGUUUUGAAAGGGGGCAAUUCCCCAAUUCCACCCAGCAACAGCAAGUGGUUUACUAAUUAGAGACCGGAGACGCGCUGCCUGAGCUUCAGAGAGAGAAUAUGGCGACUGAACUGGAAGAAUUGCUACACUUUCUAUCUUCGCCCUCGCCUCAAGUGAGGAAAGCGGCCAUUGAUAUUGUUCAAGGUUUAACUGGGUCUGAGGAUGGGUUGCAGUCUCUUGCCAAGCACCCGAAGGUCCUUCUACCAUCAUUAGCUCGACUCUUGAGAGAACAAAAGGAUGUGGCAGAACGUGCAGCAGAAGCUCUUGUAAAUCUUUCACAAAAUUCUGAUCUAGCUGCAAAGAUGAUAGACUUGGGGCUAGUUGCAGCAGCUUUGGAUCUUUUGUAUAAUGUUGACUCCAGCAUUAGCCAGUUGCUGUUAAUGCUUCUGGUUAAUCUAACUCAGUUGGAUGCUGGUAUUGCUUCGUUACUUCAGACUGGAGAUGACAAGAUGCAAGGUCUCUAUGUUAUGAAGAUUGUUAGAUCAUUUUGUAGAUCUUCAAGUGAACCCACAUAUGAUCCCUUUGAGCAUGUUGCUUCCAUACUUGUAAACAUAUCAAAGCAGGAAUCUGGAAGGAAGCUUUUACUUGAUCCUAAGCGGGGACUUUUGAAGCAGAUAAUUAGGCAGUGUGAUUCAACUAGUCAACUACGGAAGAAGGGGGUAUUUGGAACUCUCCGAAAUUGUUGCUUUGAAGCAGAAGGUCAACUACAAAAUUUACUCUUGAUAUCUGAAUUCCUUUGGCCAGCUUUACUUCUUCCUGUUGCUGGGAGCAAGGUUUAUAAGGAGGAGGAUACAUCAAAAAUGCCACUUGAGCUUGGAUCUGCACUCUCAAUUGAGCGCGAGCAAACUGGUGAUCCUGAAAUUCGAGUUCAAGUGUUGGAGGCUAUAUACAUGAUCACAUUGCAGGAGGCGGGCCGAAGAGCGUUCUGGUCUAUCAAUGGACCAAAAAUACUGCAAGUGGGUUAUGAAGACGAGGAAGAUCCAAAAGUAAUGGAAGCAUUUGAGAGAGUUGGCUCCCUAUUGAUACAUAGUGGCGGAGAUGAGGAAUCACACGAUUGAGGAGAAAUUUGCAGAUAAUAUAGAUUUAAUUUAUAGCUCUCAGAACAGGGCUUCUUCUGUUUCCUCAAUCUCUGAUGGGACGCAUUGCAAAGAGAGCAUGCAAUCCCCCUGGUGUACAAAGGAGAAAGGAGAAAGGAGAUGAUAGUGCUUUUAGUUUUUUAAGAUUAUUUUUGAGUCGUUGUUACAGAAUUUUCAG